UUGUGUGUGUGAGUGUGUGUCAGAUCGCAGACAUGCCCCGCAGGAGGAAGGAGCGCCUGCGAGCGGGUGUGUGUUUCGCUGUGAUCUUCAUCGUGCUCAUCCUCAUCCUCAUCAUCAUCUGCACGGCCAAGUUCCCGGAGCGGGAUGAGUGUCAGAGGGGGAUGUUCAGGAAAGCAGCUGUGGCUUCAGACUCACUAACAUGCUCCAACAUCGGCCGCGAUAUCCUGCGCUCUGGAGGUUCGGCUGUAGAUGGCGCUAUAGCUGCUUUAAUAUGUACAUCAGUAAUGAAUCCACAGAGUAUGGGCCUUGGUGGAGGAGUUAUAUUCACCAUCAGGGAGAAGAACGGUAAAGUGAAAAUCAUUAACGCGAGGGAAACCACACCAAAGGAUUUUAAAGCAGAUCUGCUCUCCAAUUGCGGCAAUGAUACAGGUGUGCACUGGGUUGCGGUUCCUGGAGAACUGCGUGGUUAUGAGCGUGCUCAUCGUCUGUACGGUCGUUUGCCCUGGAAACGUUUGUUUGAGCCUACGAUUCGUCUGGCCAGAGAGGGGGUUAAGGUCUCUGCCAUGCUCAGUCGCUACCUGUUUGUCUUAAAGGAGCAGCAAACAGCACUGAGUUGGUUGUUUAAACACCCAAAUGGGACGUUGUUGAAGGAGGGAGACACACUGAAGUUUGAGAAACUCGCCGACACGCUGCAGAGGAUUGCAGAUGGUGGAGCCGAAGAGUUUUACAGCGGAGACGUUGCUCAGGCGCUCGUCAGAGAUGUUCAGGCAGCAGGUGGGAAUCUCACGCUGGAGGAUCUGAAAUCGUUUAAAGUCACUGAAUCAGAAGCCUGGUCUGUUUCUUUGGAUAAAUAUACAAUGUUCUUCCCUCCUCCGCCAGCAGGAGGCGCCAUACUCAGCUUCAUCCUCAACAUUAUGGAGGGUUACGCAAUGCACCCAACGUCUAUAAAAAAUCACGAGGGCGCGCUAACUUACCAUCGCUACGUCGAGGCGUGUAAAUUCGCUAACGGACUGAAGCAGUUAAUCAAAGACCCGAGCUUCUCUUCAAAUAAGGAAGCGCGCGCUCUGAUUAAGGUGGAGUUUGCUGACCGUGUGCGGGCGAUGAUCAGCAGUAAUAUUACCCAUGAUGCUCAGUACUACAACAUGACACCACACGCUGACACACAGGGAACCACACACAUCUCUGUGCUGGCUGAAGACGGGACUGCCGUCUCUGUUACCAGCACCAUCAACCACAUAUUCGGCUCGAGAGUUUUAUCUUCUAACACAGGCGUCAUCCUGAACAAUGAGCUCGCUGACUUCUGUGGCAGAACGAAACACAUUCACCCAGGAGAGCGGCCACCCUCCUCCAUGGCUCCGGUGGUCCUCUACUCCCCGUCUGAGAAACACACUCUGGUAAUCGGAGCUUCAGGAGGCAGUAUGAUCACCACCGGCAUGGCCAUGGCGCUGAUGAAUUACCUCUGGCUGGGGAAAACUCUGAAAGAGUCCAUCGCCUCACCUGUCGUAUAUGUGGACGGAAAGAACGAACUCGGGUUUGAGAAGUCAUUUGAUCAGGAUGUGAUUAAGGCUCUUCGGCGACUCGGUCACACCGUCACAACUCGACAAUAUUUCUACAACACAGUUAACGCUGUGUCCAAGCAUGAAGACGAGUGUGUUAAUGCCAUUUCUGACAGGCGCAAAAUGGGUGAACCUGCAGGAUACUGAACACCACACACACACACACACACACUUCAAACACCCAAAGCUAAACACCACACACACACCUCAAACACCCAAUGCUAAACACCACACACACACCUCAAACACUCAAUGCUAAACACCACACACACACCUCAAACACCCAAUGCUAAACACCACACACACACCUCAAACACUCAAUGCUAAACACCACACACACACCUCAAACACCCGAUGCUAAACACCACACGCUUAACACCACACACACACCUCAAACACCCAAUGCUAAACACCACACACACACCUCAAACACUCAAUGCUAAACACCACACACACACCUCAAACACUCAAUGCUAAACACCACACACACACACCUCAAACACUCAAUGCUAAACACCACACACACACACACACCUCAAACACUCAAUGCUAAACACCACACACACACCACACACAAACCUCAAACACCCAACGCUAAACACCACACAAACCUCAAACACCCAAUGCUAAACACCACACGCUUAACACCACACACACACCUCAAACACCCAAUGCUAAACAUCACACACUGAACACCACACACACACACCUCAAACACCCAAUGCUAAACAUCACACGCUUAACACCACACACACACCUCAAACACCCAAUGCUAAACACCACACACUGAACACACCUUAAACACCUCAUUCUUAAAACCACACAUUGAAGAACACACACACACACACACACACACACACUGAACACCAUACAUCUAACACUAUUAUAGAUCUAAUUAGUCACACAGUUAACCUCACGAUUAUAAGUAUGCGCUAAAAUAACAUUGAAUAUCACAGAUAAUAAUCACAGAUAUUGUAUAUCUUAUUUAUCUAUAUGUACAAUUUUGACAUAUAGAAUUAAAUAGACUUUAAUGUCUUAUGUUUUAUUUUGUAAAUAUAUUUUUAUGUAAGUUAUUGUGAAUGUUUUUAGUCUGAGAUUUCUCUCACCCUCAUGUUCUCUCACUCUGAUGUCCUCCCCUUGAUCUUCCCUCACCCUGACAUUCUCUCACUCUGAUGUUCCCUCACCCUGACGUUCUCUCGCCCUGACGUUCCCUCAAGCUGACGUUCUCUCACUCUGACGUUCCCUCACCCUGACGUUCUCUCGCCCUGACGUUCCCUCAAGCUGACGUUCUCUCACUCUGACGUUCCCUCAAGCUGACGUUCUCUCGCCCUGACAUUCUCUCACUCUGACGUUCCCUCACCCUGACGUUCCCUCAAGCUGACGUUCUCUCGCCCUGACAUUCUCUCACUCUGACGUUCCCUCACCCUGACGUUCUCUCGCCCUGACGUUCCCUCAAGCUGACGUUCUCUCACUCUGACGUUCCCUCAAGCUGACGUUCUCUCGCCCUGACGUUCUCUCACUCUGACGUUCCCUCACCCUGACGUUCUCUCACUCUGACGUUCCCUCAAGCUGACGUUCUCUCACCCUGACGUUCUCUCGCCCUGACGUUCUCUCACUCUGAUGUUCCCUCACCCUGACGUUCUCUCGCCCUGACGUUCUCUCACUCUGACGUUCCCUCACUCUGACGUUCCCUCACCCUGACGUUCUCUCGCCCUGACGUUCCCUCAAGCUGACGUUCUCUCACUCUGAUGUUCCCUCAAGCUGACGUUCCCUCACCCUGACAUUCUCUCACUCUGACGCUCCCUCACCCUGACGUUCUCUCACCCUGACGUUCUCUCACUCUGACGUUCCCUCAAGCUGACGUUCCCUCACCCUGACGUUCUCUCACCCUGACGUUCUCUCACCCUGACGUUCCCUCACCUUGACGUUCUCUCACCCUGACGUUCUCGCACCCUGACGUUCUCUCGCCCUGACGUUCCCGCGCUCUGACGUUCCCUCGCUCUGACGUUCCCUCGCUCUGACGUUCUCUCACCCUGACGUUCUCUCACCCUGACAUUCCUUCUGUGUCUGUGUGAAAUUUCUGUGUUUAUCUUAGAACUAUGUUAAGGAGUGUUUAUUUUGAACAUGUGACCUUUGUUGACCCCAUGACCCCAACCAUGACCGGAGUAACCCUUUCAUAACUUCCCUUAAUAAUACACAGGGUUGUUUCCUGUUUUAUUUAAAAUCCACAGUGUGUGUGUUACUGCACAGGAAGUGUGUACAAAACCAUCAGAUUGGCAUUCUCUAAAAAUUGCGUAUUUCCAGCAGUGAUCAUUAUAGAGAAAUAAAGGGACCAAAGGGCCGUGUCCCAAACAUUAGCACAGAACAGAAGCGUUCUUACUAGAAUUAAUUCUAACGAGUGAACAUGGAUUUAUGUUAAACCUGAUGUACACUUUCAUGCAGUGCAUUAUGGGUAAUACUCACUCUGACAUCAGGAGGUCUCAUUAGAACAGAGCCUGUGUUUUAGAGUUCAGUACAGAGCUUUAAAAUGGCUGAUGUUCAAAUAAAAACAUUAGGAAGAAUUAAACUGUAGCAUUUGGGAAAAAGCCAGAAUUCAGAAUGUAAUAAUGUUUGUUUUUAACCAACCUCUGCUGUUCGUAUUUUUUAAAAUUUUAUUUAAAUAUUAAAUAAAAUUUGCAAAUAUAGACAUUUCCCAUGAACUCUGAAAAGCCUGUGUCUGUCAUGGUUUCAGAUUUAAUACUUUUAACACUUCUUUAGAAUUUCAUCUGAUUCUUAAAAAAUAAAACAAUGUUUUGGACAAAAAUAAACGAUACAGAGUGUUCCUGUUUACCCCAAAGGUACUCAAUCGGCCAAAACGUUCCCCUUCAUUUUUUU